AUGUCCUAUAACAACCCACUCGAGACUUACCUGUCCGCGCAGGUUCAACGACCGCCUCCGUUCAUCUACCUACACCACCCAUUCCAUACCUCCCCGCAAGCUCUACCGGUCGUCCUCGCUGCCCCAAAUGAUACAACCGCUUCUCUCCCAACUUCGCCUCCGACCACCGCCAGAGUCCAUAACAACAAGAUCGUCUUAACUAUCCCUGCCUCGGCUGCCAUCUCUCCUAAGACGCUGUACACGCUCGUCCUUCACCUCGUCCGCCUGUGCCUUUUUCCCGAGAGCGUCCAGCGGGAAAUCGAGGAGAAGGGAAAGGUCAGGGAAGUUUAUCAAUGGGAUACUUUCGUCAGAGGUCUAUCCCGUAUCCUGGAUGCCGAUGCUAGUGAUGUGCAGAAGUCUGCAGAGGAACGGAAAGUCCACGCAGGAGAGAAACGAAAGCGAGCGAAUGAAGGCGGCGAUGAGCAAGAUCGGAAUCAGGACCAGCCAGGCGAAAUAAUCAAACCCAGCGUGACGAUCCGCAGGACUCUAGUUAUGAUCUGCCAAGACGCUCAUCUUUUGGCCAAGAACAUCGGGAUCGCGUUCGAGAGCCUGCUCAGGCUAUCAAAGAUGAUGGAACAUCCGACAAGCCUGAUUCUGACCUCUCCCAAGGCCUGGGAUGAUGUCAGGCCUGUCACGGGCUCGUCGAUGGAGCCGCUCGGACUGUCUUUACGGCGAGAGACUAAAGAAGAGGUCAUCUCGGCACUGUUAGCUUUGGAGCGGGAAGGCCCAGUCGAAAUAACUCCGGUCUAUCCCUACUUCUUGUCGCUGUUAUAUGCGACUUCGGCGCAUCUCGUUCCUCAAGACUCAAUACCAACGCUCACUCGACUCAAGAAUGCCUUGUGGCCAAUCUACACCGCUGGCUUGGAGGCAAGACAACCUUCCAUUUCAAAAGUUGAUGAUGAUGCUAUGCAAAAGGACGAGCCGACUAGGUCGGGGCUUAAGGUCACGACCUCGCUCUUGAUAGAACUGAAGAACCGAUCGACCUAUGCGUUUGCUCUCGCCAACGAGCACUUGAUCUCGGACAAGAUCCCCGUCGAGACGUUUAUCCAGGCUUUCAGGCAGGAAGAUCAGGGGUCAGCCGAGGGACCAAAGACGGAUGCAGAAAAGGCAUUCUUUGACUUGAUCCCCGCGGCCACCCGGGGCCAAGAUCAAGCGGUAGCCGGACCGUCGGUACAAGCUCCUGUCCCCGUCGUUCGCUUGAACGCCAAUCCGAUCAUCCUCAAACCAGCCGUGCCUGCCUUACCGCUCUAUGCUAAAUACCUCGUCCUGGCUGCCUAUUGCGCGUCAUACAACUCGGUCAAGAGCGACAUGAGGAUGUUUGGACGAGGUCCAUUGACGAGCGCUUCUGGGCUCAAGGGAAGGGCUGGUCUGGGAUUGGAGAGGAACACGCCGGGUUACGAGGGUGGAGGCAAGGCGGGAGGAAAGACGGGGCAAGGACUGAAAAAGGUCAAACUGGGGAAAGUCGGCAAGGUACCUCAAUAUCUCCUCGGUCCUCGGUCAUUCCCGCUCGAAAGGCUUCUGGCCAUCUUCCAGGCGCUACUGUUCGAACACGGGUUCGACCCAUCACAAUACGAAUCCGACAGCGACAACGACGACCUGAUGGAAGGAAACUGCAUGGAGGAACGUAAUGACGAUGAAGACGAGGACGACGCUUUUUCAGACGUCAACAGACCGGCGGGAAAGCUAGACUUCCGAAUAGAAGACGAUGCGGGACGAGCGGAGAGAAAGAGGCGGGAGAGGGAGCGACGGCGGGACAAGGAGAGAUUGAGGGAUUGGGAAGAAGAGGUCGAAGAGAUUUCGAGAAGCGUAGGGUUGUUUGGUCUAAUUCCGGAGCUCGAAAGCAUGCGUCUGCUUCAACGGACGACGCCCAAAGAUCGACUGGACCAGAUCUUGAUUCGGUGUGAGGCUCCAAAGGACAUGGCCAUGGCGUUUGCGCGGUCAUUAAAGAUUGAUCUUAAGGGGUAUCUCGUAGAAUCGGAGUAA